AUGGCGGCAAACCACCAUGGCGGGGGCUCCCACCACCGCUACGGGGCCUAUGAGGAAAAGGAAACCUGCGAGGAGACCUACGAGUGCAAGGAGACCUACGAAGAGGAGGUAGAGGAGUUCGUCGUGGGCGGCGGCGGCUUCGCCCAGGCCCAGCUCAGGCGCGGCUACUGCCGCGCUUAA